UUCCUCUUUUGGAAAACACAAUAUGUGAAGUGAAGAAUCAAAACAAUUCUUCUCUCUUGUGUUGUCCCUCCUCGCGAGUCUCUCUCUCACCCCCUAACCACACACACUGCCGCCAGUCUCAACAACAGCUCUCUCUCGCGUAAGCCCCUGCCCGCUGGUGCUUCUCAGCUGCUGCCUGCUCACUCUCUCUAAGGUCUUGUUUUCACGACCACCGUUGUAUUCUUCUUCGGCCGCCACGAUCCCCAGGACAUGUUAGUAUUACCAAGGCAAAAUAUUUAUAGAGACCAAAUGGAGUUUUGCCCUAUGUGCGGGAGCAUGCUGAUGCUUGAACUACCCAAUUCGAGUCACGACAAAUUUCAUCCCACAAGGUUUUAUUGCCUCACUUGUCCAUAUAUUUGCCGAAUCGAGAAAGGGGUUAAGAUUAAGAGAAGACAGAUGCUGGUUAGGAAGGGGAUUGACCCUAUUAUCUCCCAUCAUGAGAUCAACAAAAAUAAACCAAAAGCCGACGUACCAUGCCCAAAUUGUCGCCAUCCUCAAGCUAGUUAUCACAUGCAACAGACUCGAUCAGCUGAUGAACCUGCAACAAUAUUUUACGAGUGCUUGAAUGAAAAGUGUGGCCACAAGUGGAAGGAGUGAGAUGCAACAUAUAUAUAUAUAUAUAUAUAUAUAUGGGGGAUGUAUCAAAUGAGAGGAAGUGUUAUAAUGAGAGGCUGAGAGGAAUAGACUAUGACCCUUGCAUGAAAAUGAACAGUCCAGAUUAAAAGGUUCACUUAAACAAUGAACGUGACUUUUUUGGUUGGUCUACGCGGUUGCUGCUGCCCUUUCUUCU